CCUUUCCCUGAAGAACCCUGACGUACCCAGCGCUGAGCGGGAGGAGACGCCAACAAAGGGAGGGGAAGGCGGUGGAUGGGAGAAAGAUUAGGAGAGGUGCAACGUGGGUGAGGUUAGGUUGCUUAAUUCCGUUGGUCAUUGUCAUUGAGCCAAUCAAAGAUGGCCAGUCAAAAUAUUGAGGUAGUAGAGCAAUUUUGUUGUAAACCAUAGACAUCAGAGAUGCAAUCUGUUUCAGCGACUUCAGAAGUCCCACUUACUCGCAAGUUCUACAAAGCAGCCAACACUUCAGCUCCAACAUACAAAAAGAAUCAACAUAGAUUAUAUUUUUCCUAUUUUACAAUCUUUGAAAGGUUGCCAAGAAGAACUAUCUUCCCCAUAAAGUCAUCUUUGAGCAUCAUGAAUGAUUAUGUUUUAAAGGGAGAGCCAACAAAUCAAGUAAAAGAUGGUGUGGUAAUCGUCGACCAUGGAUCUAGACGACAAGAAUCUAAUCAUAUGUUAAAUGAUUUUGUAGCAAUGUUUAAAAGUAGAACUGGCUAUCAAGUAGUGGAGCCUGCACAUAUGGAAUUGGCUGAACCAACAAUUAAAGAUGCAUUCAGGCUAUGCGUGCAGCAAGGAGCAAAUCAUAUUAUUAUUAGCCCUUUUUUCCUCUUGCCAGGGCGACAUUGGUAUAAGGACAUCCCUGCAUUGGUGGCUGAAGCAGCUGGAGAGUACUCUGGCAUAUCCUAUAUCAUUACUGCACCUCUUGGCUUGCAUGAACUCAUGGUGGAUGUGAUGAAUGAACGUAUUCAACGCUGCCUCAGCCAUGUUGCUGGUACUUUUAAGCUGAUUGAAUUGCUGAUGAACAACAUAUGCUCACUUGGGAUUUUUAGUUCAUAAUAAAGUCAUGAUGGAUAUUUCAAACAGAAGUCAUGAUCAGAAAGACAAGAUCCUUGCCGCACUAUUCGAUUUCAAUUUGAGGCCUUCGAGAUCUUUGGUUUCAAGAGUUUGCGGUAAGUAUCGUUCACAAAUAACUCAUGUUAUUUUGAUAUAUUUAUCAAUCGAAUAUAAUCUCUAAAAUAUUUGCAUACACGAUUCUCCUGACGUCUUGAGCACGAAGCACACAUCCCCACAACUUUCAGCGCGAAGGUAGCGAUCACCUCUAGGACAUGUUUAGCGAUAUCCAGAAAUCGCGACAACUUCAUAUUUGGCUCGAAGAUGAUGUUUUUGCCACGCUGGUUAGGGCCUGAGAUUCUCUGGACUACUAGAAGAAGAGGGAGCAGGCAAAGCUGAACAGGAGGUUGGCCUGCGGAGGCAUGUGGCCCUCCAAGUAAAUUGUUGGGGUGCUCCCAAAUAUGAAAUACAAGCGGAGGCUGAUAAUAUUUCAUUUAUUCUAUAAGUUUUUCUAUAGUUCAAAGAUGUAUUAUAACUAUUUUGUUUUAUAGACAGACUGUAGAAAUUGGACGAGAGCCCUCCAUUGCUGAUGUACAUGAGCACACCCACAGAAGGUGGUCCGACUAGUCCUAGAUUGACGAUAGAUUUUGUGUGACCUAGAUAAUUGACGAGCUAAACUAGCUUGAUGUUAAUAAAUGUUAAAUUUAACUGAGUGUAACUACUUAUGAUCCACGAACAUGAUCCUUCCGAGUACAACCGGUGCAGGGAGGCUGUUGGAGAGAAGAAGAAAGGUCGAUUCUAUGAGCUCGGGUCACAAAGGUUUGCCUAAGUCGCUUACCCCUCCACCAUUACAUAUGCAGCUUCUACCUUUAUCGCACAGAAUGACUAGAUCUCCAGGUGUGUUGCGGCAUUCUCUACCGAGAUUGAGACUCGCUUUUUUCAAAUGUGGUCAGAGUUGUUGGCCAACAUGGAGGCCAAGCUGAAGGCUGUGUUGGACUUCUUCCGGCAGUGGAUGAGGGAGCUUGACAAGGCAGCGACAACAUUGGAGGAGGAGAAAGCAGUGAAGGACGAUGACGAUGAGGUUAAUGAGAUAGAGGAGGAUGAUUAGAAG